AAAUCCAAGUUAUUGCCUAUUGUAAUAAUACUUCGGGUCUUAAAGCAGUGUAUUUUGCCUUAAAGUAAUUAUACUUAAUAGUUAGAAUCUAAUGGAAUACUGCAAGAAGACUCUUUCAAUUAAUUUACCAAUUCACUUUAUUUGGCUACAUCUACUAACAACCCAGUAAGUUCUUACAACCAAACAUGGUCAAGGGAUUUUAGUCUUUUUCAUCAGCUCCCACAGAUGCAUCUGUCUGAACCAUUGCAAUCUUUUUUGGCAAAUUAUCAUCGAACACUCAAUUUCCCCUGUUCAGAGAAUUUGGAACAUCAUAAGCAAAUCUCCAAACCAAAUCAACCACAUCUUUAUCAAACUUGCUCUGUUAGCCUAUUGGUUUUCUAAUCGGUAAAUAAAAGCUUACAGUGCAAAAUAACAGCUUCCAAGAAAAUGAGCGCUGGUUUAUAUCCGGCUUUCAUGUGCAUAUAUAUUCUCCAGGAGCAUGUGAAAGGAUUGUAUCUAGAUUUAGCCUGAAGCAGCCUGAAGAAGCUGUCCGAGUUAGGCCCAACUCCACUUUAUGAAACAAGAUGAAGGUCGUGGUUGUUUUUCUAGCUACUGCUACUGCAUUGGCCUAUGGGACUGUGGAUCUAAAGUUUAUAAUGAGAGAAGUAAAGUGUCUGCAUGAGAAAACUCUGAAUACGGAGGACUUUGAUUCUGUCUUUGUGAAAGACCUUAAAGAGAACAAAAAGGACAGCUGUGAGGCCGAGUUUUUCUGUCUGGCUGAGAAAGUUCUGUCAGGAGUUAAGAAGAUUCCUAAAGGAGAUGGUAACUGCAGUACUGAUAAACUGCUCAGGUAUCUGAAGCAGUACAAUAACGGGACAAACUGCAGUGUCCCAAAAAAAGGAGAUGAAAUAAUCCUCCGUUCUUUCUUAGACGAUCUGCUGAAAUGUGUGAAAAAGGUCUACUCCAGGUCAUGAUGCCCAGAGCACUGCUUUCUAAACAGCUUUUGCUUUAAUUUAUGAAAUCACAUAUUUAUAUUGGCAUGUAAUGCUCUAAGUAUAUUUAUUUUUGUUUUAAUGUUUUCAACAUUUUUAUUAAAAUAAAUUUAUUGCAGUA